AUGUCGAUCCUCCCACCGGAGCUAAUCUUGGACAUACUUUUACGGCUUUCGUACAAGGAUUUGAUACGAUCCCUGUGCGUUUCGAAAGCUUGGUAUGCUUUCAUCCACGACCAACGCUUCAUCAAAGCCCAUCUCCAACGCUCCAUUGAAACCAACUCUGCUCCUCUAUCCAUUUUAAUUUGGUCAGAUAACCCCGAAGAUGCUCCCUCGGGUUUCUUUUCAUUGACCUUUAGGGACAACGAAACGAUCGGGGCAGCCGUGAGAACUGAGCAGCCGUUCAAAUACGCUGACAAUUACACAGACAUAUUGGGCAACUCUGUUCAUGGUGUGGUUUGCAUACGCAACUGUGUCGAUUGGGAAAUUGCUUUGUGGAACCCGUCAAUUCAAAAGUUGAAGAAGAUUCCCUUCCCAAGCUUUGAGACGCCGAAAUUCACUGCUUACUAUGGAUUCGGGUAUGAUUCUGUUCAUGAUGACUAUAAAGUUGUGGGAAUAGGGGAUUGCCAUACCGAGAGUUGUCAAGUUCAUAUUUAUAGCCUAAAAUCUAACUCAUGGAAAAGGAUCCAAAACAUGCCUUGCAAUAAUUUUGAUUUUCAUUCAGAUUAUAUCGUGUUCUUCAACGGUGCUCUAAAUUGGCUGAUGCACCCGGUGUUAGAUGAAACCCCGCACAUAAUUCAAACUCUUACUCUUACCAGUGAGGAAUAUUGCCAGUUUUCCACCCCGGUCGAUCUGGAUGACGUGUAUAACAUGUAUACGCCUACGCUGUCUUUGGAGGUCUUGGGGGGCUGUUUAUGUCUCUGUGUUGAUCGUUUCGGCGCCGCACAUGAUGUUUGGGUUAUGAAGGAGUAUGGAAUGACAGAAUCUUGGACCCUGCUUUUUUCUAUUGAGCCAGAAGCUGUGCCUUGGGUGCAUGUUCAUUCUUUCAAACCACUGGUGUUGUCAAAGAAUGGAGAAAUGGUCCUUUUGACUUACAAGUACCACAAUUCUGUGUUCUUUUGGUAUGAUUUAAAGAAAAAGAGUUUCAAACAAGUUGAAUUUCGCGGUCAUCCCCAUGUAUCUAAAGUGGCAGUUAGUGGUGUCGGGAGCCUUUAUCUUCUUGAUCCUGUUAUUUCUUGGAAGGGAUCGACAAGUCCCCUCUACCUCUAA